CAAGCUUAUACAACACGUCAUUCCUGUCUCGUGAUUUACAGGAGAUCAAUAUGGCAGCUCUAUUACCACCCGAGACUCAAGGGAUAGACAAGGCGAUAUUUGCUGAGCUCUAUCGCUGGUGCAAGGAGGGCAACACAGGGAGACUGAGGGACUUUCUUUAUCACGAACCCAAUGCUCAAGCCUACUUUAAUACCAAAAUGACCAAAGGGAACACCCUGAUUCACGAAGCCGUCGAAAACGGACAGCCUGACGUUCUACAAUUACUCUUACAGAACGGGAUAUCCUCAGAAACAAAGGGAAAGAACAAUCAGACCCCACUUCACAUUGCAGCCGCCAAAGGGCACGUUGAUUGUCUUCGAGCCUUGCUUGAGGGAGGGGCUGAUAUAAACUCAACCGAUGACUUUGGGAACACUGUGUUCAGCAGGGCUGAGAGAAGCAAGCGACGUGAGCCUAUACAACGACUACUCAAAAGCAAAGAGCUUGUUCUGGUUGCCUGUAAAAGUGACAAUCACAUUCUUGAGAAGAAGUUGACAUAUUUUGCAAGUACAGGGACCAAGCCAGACAUGAGAGACAUCGAGGAGGCACUGCUCCAGGCAGUUCUCUCAGGAGCUGAUGAUAACAUUGCUCCAUUGAUACUAGCUGGAGCUAGAAGGCUAGACUGUGCCCUGUAUCUCGCCAUACAGCAAGAGCGCUUCAAGGCCAUUGCCAUGCUCAUGGUCUGCAAGGCGACAAUAACCGGGGACUGUCAAGCCAUUCGCUCCCUCAUAUCAGAGCCACCCCCGGUCUCCUCCUCGACUAACUGGUACAUGUCUGAAGUCCACAAGCUCCUCUCUCAAGGGACUGUCAAGAUGUACUGUCCCAUUGCUGUAUCUAUAAUGGUAAAGAACUAUGACGCUACGAAGGAGCUUCUUCUUUGCACUGAUCUUGACAUGAGGCGAAAGACAGUAGACUGGAGUAGACUGAAGUUGACCCUACUCCAUCAUUCUUGGGUUUACUCAAUCGCUCCGUGGGUCGUUAACCUCAAACUAGGCAAUAAUAAUCUUCGUAAACUCCCACUUGAAUUUGUCCAUGCAACUCAGCUUAGGAGAUUAGAUCUUUCGUGUAAUCUUUUGGAAAAGAUAGAGAUCGGUUUGUUUUCUCUUCCUAAUCUCGAGGGACUGAAUCUUAGCCAGAACAAGUUGCGUGACUUACCAGAAGACACUGUCUGGUCUCAGACUCUAACUAACCUUGACCUGUCCUCUAAUUUCCUGACUUCCCUACCAUCCUCCAUUCAACACUCCUCCCUUGAAGUCCUCCAACUCUCUGGCAACAAAUUCACGUCCGUACCAAAGACCCUCUGUAGAGUAAGAACGCUCACCACUCUAGAUCUGAGCUCCAUGCCAAUCUCUUCUCUACCCAAAGAGAUUGAGAUGCUUGACAAGCUGGCUAAUCUUAACGUCACUGAUUGUAACAUAUCAGAUCUCCCUGCUGGCGCCCUCCCUGGCAGGGGGUGGGUGCGUGGGUUUGUCAAGUCCCGCUCUCGUUCCAGUAAACCCUGUAACAUUGUGAAGCUCAUCAUACUCUCAAACUCUAGUGUUGGUAAGGUAGUCCUCUUCUCUCGCUUGCGACAGGUCAUAUGUCCCCAUGGCUCACACCUACCGGAAAUGGACUUCUUCCAAUGGCACUAUCGCCCAUUCAAGUUCUUUGGUAUCCAGAAGCUUAUAUUCAAUACGUGGAUGGUUGGAGUCCAGAAGGAUUAUCGUAUGCUUUAUCCAUGCCUCUAUACAGCCAAUGCAUUGUAUACUCUUGUCUGGGAUCUGACUAAGACUGGCGACAUAAAUAAUAUAAAGCUCUAUGUUAAUAGUAUCUCACGACACUUCCCGAUGGCUAAUGUUCUAGUGAUUGCCAUCCUUCCGGAGCCUUACGAGACUUGGGCAGAGUCGAACAUGCCCCAACUCAACAAGAAAGUCCAUAAUCUUUUCUCUCAGCGCUCCAUUCGUUUCCACGGUCUCCUUACCCUCUCAGGUAGCCCGUCUCCUCGAGACAACCCUGUUGAUGUACGCAUGAAGAUAUACGAAAUUGCAAGUCAAAUGAGUGCCAAUGGUUCACAGGUCACUGGUCGCCAGUACCCAGAGAAUUACUAUCAUCUCCUGCCAGUUUUAGAGCGUGAGCAUACUAACCUUAAGACCAGUGGUCAGCCAGGUAUAAUGGAAGAGGGAACCCUCUGGUCUCUGCUCUCAUCGGCCAUUGAUCAAGAUAUGCCUGACAGCAUGGAGCUACCUGUCAUGAUAUCCUUCCUUAAGGAGAGCGGGUACUUGAUGCAUUUUGAUGACCCGAACUGUCGUCUCAAUCAAUUCCAUUUCCUACACCCAGAGUGGCUUGUGUUCACCGUUCAUAAGCUCCUUCAUCAUUUAAAUUACUAUCAUGCGAACCAUCCCAUCGUUACGCUCCAUAAACUAGUCAGUCUCUUGAAACUGGGCGGGGAGAAAAGACUCACUACAGCUGUCAUUCGACUCCUCAUUCGUUUUCAUAUCGUGCUACCAAUCUCAAACUCUGCCUACCUCAUCCCGUCCCUCCUCCCUCACAAUCCUCCUCCUCUGGCUAUGAUACAGGUUGGUUGCUAUCGAAGACAAUUCAUUCCAAAGGGUCGUCCGUUACCUGAGGACUUUUGGUUCUAUUUGAUCAGUCACCUUCUCUUUCAUUUGCCGAGACUGCUCAAACCGGAUGAUUCCACUCUCCUAAACCUAUUGAAGGUCAUGCAAGAAGAUCCUGUCAGAAACCACCAGCCGAGAAAACCUCUUAAUUUACACCUGGACAUCGGGAAAGAGGAAACAAGUCUAAUGUAUUCUCCUACUGAAGAUGAGAAAAUACCAGGAGGGGAGCCUUCGUCUCAUGUACCUGUGAAAGGGAGGGGUACUACAGCUAAGAAGCAAAGAAGCUUUAGCGAUAGUGGGGACACUGAACUUCAAGUACAUGCAACUAAUGAUGCUGGCACCAUUGAAGACUCCACCGUUUCAACUGUCAGUAAAAGGAUAAGCAGUGAUCCAAUCAGUAUAUGCCAGGGUAUCAUAGUCUGGCGUACUGGGAUACAGUUGAAGACCGGUAGCGGAGUCCAACUUACCAUUCACUCUCAGUCCAGUGACCUGGGUCUGGAGGAGACUGGAGUUGAGGUUUGUUGUACUGAAGAUGAGGAAGGGAUAGCUGCAAUGGCCAAAGUCUGCUGGCUCAUACAAAGAAUAUUUGAGCAAAGAUAUCCAGAGUUCUCUCCAAAGAUACAGCCUUCGUCUCAAAACGGUCUGACACAGAUAAUACUCUGUCCUCAGUGCAGUAAAUCCCCCUUAGGGGGUGCAACUAAUUUUAUUAUUGAGACGUGUUUCGUGUCAUUAAAAGAGCAAGAGUCCUUUACUCACAACUGUCAUCAUCACGAUGACCCUAUACCACUUAGGGAGCUGAUACCAGAUUAUCUACUAGUUGAUCUUCCUCCUUCACUUCAGCUCAAUCAAGACUCAUUCUCGUACCAGGAGGCUCGCCCUGUCUAUCGUGAUAACUCUACUAUACUCUAUGAUGGGACUUUCAGUGGUAAUCCCGCUACAGUCAAGAAGCACUUGUUCUCUGAGUCAAAGUCUUACUCUGUCCCUCUCUCUGCCAUGAGACAAGAGCUUGAGAUGCUAAGUCUUCUCUCUCACCCAAACAUUAUCAAAGCGUACGGCUACUGCUUCUCUCCUCCGAGUCUUGUCAUUGAGAGGAGUCCAUUGGGUACUCUACUUCAGAAACUGAGCGACAACGAGCAAAAGAUCAGUCGUCUUGUCCGGUUUCACAUUAGCUGUCAAGUAGCCUCGGCACUGGCUUAUCUACACAAGCACAACGUUAUAUACAGGACACUCAAAUCAGACUCCGUACUUACCUGGUCCCUGGAGUUUGAGGAUGAGGUGAGUGUCAAAUUGGCUCAUUUUGAUCGAGCUGCUUUCAGUACUCCAACUGGUAUCCUCAGUAAAACUGACUUCUCAUUUUAUCCUGCCCCAGAGAUGGUCAGAUACGAGUUCUCCGAAGAGUACACUGAGAAGGUUGAUAUUUAUUCAUUUGGUAUACUCCUUUAUGAGCUUGUCGCUCGCUGGCAGCCGUUCACAUCUGAUAAAACGGCGAUGGCUCACAAACCUAAACUGACUGGUCUCUCCACUUAUGGCUUUGGCUCUCUCGUUAAACUCAUGGAGGAGUGUUGGGAAGAGGACCCAACUCUACGUCCCUCUGCCCUCGAUUUGCUUCACCUCCUCUCCGAGCCACAGUUCCAGUGUCACUUGAGUACCCAGACGCUAAGGGAUUGUGUCUCAGUCCGUGGUUGCUGCUACGUCCCGUCGUUAAGCCAAGUAUGGGCGUACGGUGAAUACAAUGUGAACAUUGGUCGCGAUACUGGAGAGGGUAGCGAGUUGCUUGUCGAGGGUACACAGGUAUUUAUAUUAAAUGCUACUAAUCUGACUGUCCAGGGGAGCCUUGAGUUGAAAGAGAGGGCUAAUGCGAUCUGCACUGUGGAUAGCAAGGUCUGGGUUGGGAUGUUAGAGGCAUGUAUUCAUGUCUAUGACUCGACAUCCUUCAAUUUUACUGACAGAGUUUUUGUAAAAGACUCCGUAACGGACAUUGCUACAAACGACAAGUAUGCUUUUGUGGGCCUGGCAAAUGGGACUCUCACGUAUUACGAUAAGCUAAAGUUCCCAUCGGUUUCUGGUGAUAUUGAGAUUGGGAGUAAAGCUCUCAUUUCAAUGCUUUCUGUUGGAGAGUGCUUGUGGGUUGUCUGUGGCAAUGAGAUUAUCGUCCUUUGUGUCGACGACGACGACAUAACAAUUGCUAAGAGAUUGAACGCUGCCUCUUCCAACCAUCAGGUAUAUGCUCUCGUCCUCUCUGAGAGAAACUCUCUCGUUUGGUGUUUCAUUAAAACCUCCCUCGUCCUUAUUUGCUGGGACGCCUCCUCCUGUGCUCAAGCUGGCUCUAUUGACUUGACUAAUACGCUGACUGGGAUAUGCUCACAGGCUGGACUGGAGUCUAAUAACCUCCGUCUCCUCUCUCUUGAAUGCUGCCAGGACAUCAUUUGGGUCGGUGUGUCUGUAGGUAUCAUCGUUCUUUUAACUGCCACACCUACUCCGAGAGUAAUCACUUGGUUCAGGGCGCACCGUAGCUCCCCUCGUUGCUUGAUAACGGUCCCUGACGCGAGUGUUGAUAAUUUCCAGGUUGUUCUGAGCGGAGGUUUUGGGGAGCAUUCGUACAUAAGGUCGUCUGCUUCUCAUGAUAACGGCGUCAUUAUGUCCUGGCAGGGAAUGAGCAGCGAUGAGUUAGAGACGCUGGCUAGGAGGUGGAGGGAGAGGAAGGACAAAGAGGAGGCUGAAGAUGAGAGCAGAGUGAUGAAUGCAGCUACCAUGACGCUCCCGCACACUAAAGAUGGGACAUUGGAUUACAAAACCCUUGGCAAUAUGAUAUCAGCCUCGAUUCUAGGAGAGGUGGUGUAUGCUAAUGCAGUGGACAGGGAACAUUGCAGGGACCCAGCUGCUCUCAUUAGUUCCCCUUCUAGUGACAUGUGGCAGUUCUAUUACAAAGAGGAUGGUGUAGUUAUAUUGAAAAAGAGGAUACCACACACAAAGAUGUGCUGUUUUAUGGGCAGAGGAGUUAUUGAUGCACCAAUGGAGAAUGUGGUUAGCUACCUCCAAAAGUUUCAGAAUAGAUUAGAAUAUGAUGAGACAUUACUGCAACUUGAGGUCUGUCAACAGUUCUCAGACAACGACUGGCUAUUGUACAUGGCACACAAAGCCAAGCAAUGUUUCUUUACAAAGCAUCGUGAUUUUCUGUACUACUGCAGGACUUCAUUUGUGGAGGGCAAGUAUGUGCAAAGUGUCUUAUCAGUUGAAGAUAAGGAUUAUCCUCAUCGGCCUCCAUACAUCAGAGGAGAGAUAAAACAAGGCACGGGUUGGGUGGUAGAAAAAUACAAUGACAGUGAAUGCUCUUCAUUAGUCUCAUAUGUUGCACAUUUGGAUUUAAAAGAGUUACCUCCCGUCAUUGCUAAUCGUGUCCUCCGUCGUCAGCCAAUGGCAAUAAAGUACAUAAGGGAGAGAGUCAUGAAACCAAAAGUACCACUUAACUUUGGUGCUGCUUUCAUUGACAGCUCACAGCUUCAAUUUUCUGAAGAAGAUCAAAAAUUCGAGGAAUACACAUCAAUGAACGAAUUCAUAGAAAACAUCGAUAUCGUAGACACCAAAAAGAAAGAAUCAACAAAUAAACGUAAAGUGAAAAUAAAUAUCGAAGGGGACAAGAGUUCAGAGGAGGUCAUUAGACCAAGGUGUUAUACGCACUCACUUCCAGAUAUGAAUGAUCAAGAGGUUAAUGGCUCUCCUUCCUGUGCUUCUUCUUAUUACUCAACUCGUGCUAGCUCAGUCGAAGUUACAGUUGCAAUUAUUGAGCCUAAAAUUACCCACAUCAAUGGCACUACUGAUGAUAGCAAAGAAGAAACUACUAGCAGUGUUGCUGCAGAGAAUGGAGUGAUUAACGAGGAGAUGAGUAUCAAAGCAAAGCAAGCUAAUAGUGUGGCUCAAGAAUUCCCUAGUUACAAUCAAUGGUCAGGCAAUGGAGGAGAAGUGCCAAUAGACUCUCCAAAUGAUGGACAUAAUUUGACUACUACCUAAUUAGAAUUUAACUAUCACACGCACAUUAGCAUACAAAAACUGGUAGGCAUACGUGUUUUUACAAACUUUUUGUAUUAUGUUUCAUUAUUUUUGUGUAAUCAUUAUUAUUAUUAUUUUGUCGUUUUGUCUUUAUCAUAAAUGGACUAUUAUAGUGUGACCAACAAUG